CCUCAACGCCGGCACCCAGGGCGUGCCCGGCGAGCCUCCCUGUUACCAAGUUGUUUACACAUAGGUAUGGAAACAAGGUCCGCAUGUCAAGAUACUUAUUGUAGUAGUGAGCUUGAGCGGCAUAUGUUCUAGAAGAAACCCACACUGGACUGGCAGUCAGUUCAAAUCUGCGGCCGGACCUGCUUCAAGUUCCGCUCACACGUUUACUGCACGAAACCUUAAAUCCUCCCCCCACAACACUUCUCCACCACGACCAUAGCCAUUGUCUGCUGGAUCGGGCAUCCGCCAGCCAGUCGAGUUCGGGUUGUUGACUGCCCCAAAUGGCGACUGAAGCACGGCCCGCGCAGCCCAAGUCGAUCCUGCGUGGCCACAAGGCCCAGGUGCACGCUGCCGCCUUCGUGCGCGGCAACGAACGCCUACUGACCGGCGACGCAGAUGGCUAUGUCGUCGCGUGGGAUCUCACCAUAAUGCGCCCUCGGGCGGUGUGGCAGGCCCAUGCCAAUGCGAUCCUGGGCAUCGCCGGCUGGGGCCAGAACCGGUUGAUCACGCAUGGAAGGGACAACAAGCUCAUAGUCUGGAAGCUCAGCGCAGAGGACGAAAGCAGACUCAGCACCAGGCUGCCCCUCGAUCCGUCUCCGGAGAGCCGGGCCCAGCCAUGGAUUCUGCACAUGCUCGAUGUCAACACCAUGAACUUCUGCUCGUUUUCGCACUGCCCUGUCUCUCCAGAGUGUAGUGCUACAGCAUCUGAGAUUUUUGUUGCAGUGCCAAAUACCCUUGCUUCAGAGGCUAUUGACAUAUUCCACCUGCCCUCACAAACACGGCGGCACACGGUGAAGCUCGGCGAGAAGAACGGCAUGGUCAUGGCCGUGUCACUGCUCCAUCAACGUGACACAUUGACUCUCGUUGCGGGCUACGAAAAUGGCCUGGCAACAGUCGCCAAGCUCGACAGCCAUGGUAAUUGGACGGUCAAGUACCAGGCACAGUGCCAUUCCCAGCCCAUCCUCUCACUCGACGUCUGCCCGGGGAGAGAGUUCUUCCUCACGUCCAGCGCGGACGCCAUCAUCGCCAAGCACCCUCUCCCCACAUCCCCUCCUUCCCCGUCUGAUGAGACGUCCAUACCACCACCACCGCCCUCCAUGACCUCCAGUCCCUCCUCGAAACCGAACCCAGCCAAGUCCCUCCUCUCAGCCGUCCUCUCCAGCCCAGACUCCUCCCACCCCGAACCCCAACAGCAAACCGCAGCCGCCAAGCCAUCCCAACGCGAAGACAUCCAAACUCAGCCCCUGAAGGCGGUCAACACGAAGCACGCCGGGCAACAAUCCCUCCGCAUCCGCUCCGACGGUCGUAUCUUUGCCACCGCGGGCUGGGAUGCCAAAGUGCGGGUUUACUCGACCAAGACGCUCGCCGAGGUGGCAGUGCUGAAGUGGCACCAGGUGGGGUGUUACGCGACUGCUUUUGCCGAGGUGGUGGUCGUCGACAGCGACGAUGUAGCAUCGACUUCAGAAGCUCUAAAGGAAGGGGAGUGGGAAGAUGGCCAAGGGGUAGGGGUUCAGGAUGAGGGGCGAGGAGGUGAGGAAGAAGAGGAGGGGAAAGAAAAGGGAGCGGGGCAGGGUAAUAAGAGUCUGAUUCCUGUGCCCAAGCUGGUGGAGAUGACUGUGAGGGAGAAGCGUGUGCGUCAAGUGCGUACGGCGCAUUGGUUGGCGGCCGGGAGCAAGGAUGGGAAAGUUAGUUUGUGGGAUGUCUUUUAA